CUGCCAUGUGGUAUGCCUCUCAUACCUCAGGGAACAGCGUGGUAAUUUUAAUGGAAGUCUUCACAGGACAUUUUGAAAGACAUCUCGUAAGGGUACCGAGAAGCAUCCAGAUAGACAGCUCUGAAAGGAUGCUCGGGCACCAGUGAGGGGACAUUUGCCUGCCAGAGGAUGGGGUGCACAGGGCCGGGCUGCCUGACAGUACUGGUCAUGCUGUGCGGGGCUCUUGGGGAUGCUGCCGGCAGAGGCAUCAAAUGCGGGGGUGUGCUUUCAGCACCCUCUGGCAAUUUCUCCAGCCCCAACUUCCCAGGGCCAUACCCCUAUGAGACGGAGUGCACGUGGCUGAUCGUAGUGGCCGAGGGCUCCUCCGUCCUGCUCUCCUUCAGCCACUUUGAGCUGGAGUACCACGCCGCCUGCGCCUACGACUACCUCCAAGUCUACAAUGGGGCUGCCCGGGACCGGGGCAACCUCCUGGGCACCUUCUGUGGCCGCAGUCCCCCGCCACCCUUCUCCUCUGCCUGGCACGUCAUGGCCGUCGUCUUCCGCUCUGACCGCCACGUGGCCAAGCGCGGCUUCGCUGCUGCCUACCGGAAAGAUGCCUGUGGUGGGCAGCUGACGGGACUGUCGGGAGAGAUCACCAGCCCUCGCUACCCUGAGAGUUACCCCAACAACGCUGAGUGCCGCUGGAGCAUCGGGGGGGCUGGUGGCAGUGGCCCCCUCACCCUGGUGUUUGCCGACUUCCAGCUGGAGGGGGGGCACGGCUGUGGCUUUGACUAUGUGGCCCUUUUUGACGGCCCCACUGCCACCGCUCCCCAUCUGGGACGCUACUGCGGCAGCGCCCGCCCGCCCCGCACCAUCUCCUCUGCCCCUCACCUCUUCAUCCUCUUCAAGUCAGACUUCAACAUCGGCGGCAGGGGCUUCAAGGCCCAUUUCUACUCAGGCGAGUGCCAGGAGGUGUUCACCACUGUCAAAGGGAAUUUCUCCAGCCCUCGGUACCCAAACUCCUACCCCAACAAUCUCAAGUGCCAGUGGAGCAUCCAGCUGCCCCCAGGCUACCGUGUCAAGGUCUUCUUCUUGGACAUGGAGCUGGAGGGCCGGAGCAGCCUGACGGGCAGCUGUGACUAUGACCACCUGGCUGCCUUCGAUGGUGGUGCCGAGAACGGGUCCCUGUUGGGGCGGUGGUGCGGGCGGGAGAGCCUGGCACCCGUCACCUCCCGCAGCAACCAGCUGCUGCUGGUCCUCCACACUGACCGCAACACAGCCAAGAGGGGCUUCUCCAUCGCCUACGUGGGAGUUGUGCCCAUAAAUGUCAGCUGCACCCGGACGGACUUCCACAUACAGAUCCCAGUGCAGUCCCUGGCCCAGCUGGAGAGGAAUAGGAUUUACCUGGGGACCCCCUCCUGUGCAGCCCAGGUGGUCGGCAGGAACUUUAAAAUACACACCAGGUUCGACACCUGCGGCACCGAAUCCCAGAAACGCAACAACACAUCCGUCAUUGUCAGCACCCUGUACAUCGAUUUUUCAGCAGGCAAGCAGGAGGACAUCCACCAGUAUGAGGUGCAAUGUGAACCAAAGAGGAAGGAAGCCUCGGUGACACUCAUCGCUGGCCCCGACCCAUCCAGGCUCAGCCAGGCAGAAAACCUGGUGGAUGCCCAGCAGCGGGAAGGGGGAGCAACGGACACCCGUGAAAUCAAGAGCCAGGACACCAGCGACAUCGUCUUCAUCAGCAUCUGCAUCCUGGCUGGGCUCCUCAUGGUCAUUGCAGUGGUGGGACUGGUGCUUCUGUAGGAUGCUGCUCCCCAGAUCUCUAGGUCUUGCAAUCCCAGCACUGGCCAGGGUGGAAAAGCACCCCAAAAUCCACCCUUGCCCCAGACUGAGCACUAACGUAGCUCCUCAAACAGAGACGCAGCUCCCAGGCCCUGAAACAGAGCCUGAGCCCAACCUCCACCUCUUCCCAGCGCCUGAAAAAUCUGGGCAAUAGGCAGCCGUUUUCCUUCCCAAUUUGUUUUCCUCUGUCUCAAUCUGUCCAUUUGGCUCGGGAAUGCAAUUCUUGUGCUUCCUAACUCUUCCCACACCUGCUUCAAUUUGUUUUCCCUCUGGUGCUGCUACUUUGAGGAGAGUUAAUGUUGUUUGCCGAUGGCUGCAAAUCAUCCCGUCAAUUAUUUCUAGCUGAAUUCUUGAAAGUACAAACCAUUUUCAAAUAUAGUGAUAUUCCCAACAAAUAUUUUCCAUGCUCCUGCCCAUGCUCAGGGUGGGGUACCAUGGAGCUGUGUUAUAGGUAUCUCCACUUGGCACAUACAGAUGCAGCUCAUGUAGAUGCUCCCAGGCGGUGCUUCUGGAUGUCUGUGGGCAAUGUGAUGAGACACAUUCGCCGUGCCCUGGAGCUCCUCGUUUGAUCUUCGAAUGUCAUCUAACGCACCCUUUUCUCGCAGGACUCACCCGAGUACUUCAGCCACCAGCAGCUGGAGGGAAGGAGAAUGAUCUCUUCUCUGUGUUUUCCUCCUUUCCAGCACUUUCAGGUGUCCACCGCUGUGAACUCUGUACCAGCAUUGCUCUUGGAGUCCAAGACCGUGGGCAAAUACUGCGUGGGCUUGGCAGCCUGUGGUGCCAUGGAGCCUGGGGAGAUGUUGGAGUGUGGGCAUUUUGGUAACCAUGUAAAGGAAGCCUUGGCGGGAGGGGCUGCUCCUGAGACCUCACUGACACCGGACCUCCACCCUUGGUCCCUGAAGAAGGUGAGCUCAGCAGCUGAGAGCACAAAAAUAGGAGUCCUGUGGUCACCAGCACCUCCAGAAAACUUGGGUUGCUCCCUGAGAACCCUCAUGCUACUCACUGAUGAGAACCCUCAUGCUACUCACCAAAUAACCCCUGCAAAGGACAUUCCCUUUCAGCGUUGCACAGGGGCGGCUGUCACGGAGCAGCCUGUGGUUGUCCUGGCACGAGUCAGAGCCAGGCAGCAGGGAAGCCAGUGUGAAAUCUCGCUGCAGAAGCAGGGUGAGUGCAGCCCUGGGAGCCUGGCGUAGGGACCACCUCCCCCCAGCCUGUAUAAAACACACUGUGGUGCUGGGAGAGAUCUUAAAAUGUCCAAACGUCAUCAUUCAAAGGCAAAAAAUUGAGCUUGAGGGCAGCGAGUAAUCCAGGAGCCAUUUUUUUGAUAGCACUAAAUGUGAAUCCAUCCUAAGGAGCGUACCGGCUAUUCCUGUAAAGCACGGCACAGCACAGCAAGCCCCUCUUGCUGCUGAAUCCACCGGUGGGAUUAUUAGCAGGGGCCAACAGGACAGUCCCAUAGGUGAAAGGCUUCCCUGACCAGUGUCCCGUAGGUGAAAGGCUUUUCUGAUGGUUGUCCUGCUUCCCGCGCCCACUGGGACGGGUCUGUACAUCAGGAAUCGGGGGAAGCAGCAGUAAAGGAAAAGGAUGAUGAUCAAGCAGCUUUUCCUCCGAGCCCACGGAUGCCUAAGAGGGUGGCUGGGGAGGGAAGAAGGCACAAAUCCACGCAUGCCUCCUAAUGAGGAGCCUUCGUUAUCGGAGCCCGGAUUGAUUUGGCGUUUGUUGGUGCAACAUGUCGGCAAAUGCGAGAUUGCUGAGUGAAAUAUUUGCCAGCACUGUUAAGCUCCAUUAAGGCAACGUUUUGAGAGCGUGUUGUGUACAUAGACGGGAAACAAGGCCAGACCCCCCUGCUGCCUGCAAAGCCUUGCUGCCAGUUAAUUGCUAGGUAUAUAACUGUCAGCUUGAGACGAUAGUUAUGAGAUUUGACAACUGAAGAAAUUUAAAGAUACAAUUAACCUUCUUGGUGGCCCAGAUUUUGCUGAGACAGGUGAACACUGCAGCUGCUUGUGCCUGGCGAGGAGCUCGCAGCACCCAGCAGCAUCCGGCCCCUCGGCCGCAGGACAGGUACCUCCUCACCCGGCUGGAGCCUGCGGCACCCUGUGAUUUGCAGAGAAAAAGGCUUCUCUGGGUAAGGUAGCUGUUGGUGUUGCACUGAAAUAAGGAGCUGGAUCUGGCCCCAGAGUCCAACAGCAAAAUGGACUGCUGUCGUGGUCGCCCUGGAGAGGGCUUCCAGCUCUGGCUGUGGUUCAAAGCCACCCAAACAUCCCCGGGUGUGGCACUCGCCUUCAUGCAUCCCAGUGGAUGCAGGACUGGUGCUGUGGGAGCAGCUCCACUCCCCUGAACCAAGGGGCUCCCCAGCACCCCUGGCCCCACAGGGCGUUACCCAGGGGCUCACAGCCAAGGCAAUUAAUGCAACCUGAAGGCUUACAAAAGCCCUUUCCUGGCUUGUUCUUGGAUGUGUUCACAGCUGCAUCUGUGGCUGCCGCUGGCAGUGGGCCACUCAAGCCAGUCAUCCCCCUCGGAGUGAGGAAGGCCUGCCGUGCUCCCCGAGCAUCAGCCCUCCUCAGCCUUCAGUCAUGCUCCAGUGUGUCUCAGCCUCUCAUUUCCUCCAUUAAGUUUUGGCAUCCAGUCUCUCCUUGCCCUGCAGGAUUUUGCUCACUGAUGUCCCCUGUUAACCCGGCUUUUCCCUGAUAUGCAGGGCCCUCCCUUUCUGUUCCAAAUUUGACAUCCUGGGAAGCUGCUGCUUCAAAAAACCUGGAGGUGUCACCACCAGUGCUGCCCAGAGUCCUCUGUGCUUUCAGAUACUCGAUAACAACGAGCUUGAGGAGCCCAGUAAGUGUCAUGCCAGCAGCAUGGGGCAAAGGGGACAUCAUGAGGACAGAGGUAACGCUUGAGGCUCUGGCUGUACUCCCAGCUUGGUGGACAGGACAUGGGAGCACCAGCCUCUCCCCAGUGAAUGCAGGAUUGUUUUCCGUCCAAACCAGCAACAGCCAAAUGGGCCACGAAGCCUGUGGCUUUGCAGAGGCCCCCCAGACCCCUGCACCGCUGGUGAUAACCCCCACCGGGUUUGCAGCUCAAACAUGCUCCCAGCCGAUUUAUCCCACUUGCUUCUGCCCCCCUGCUCCCCAGAUCACCCGACAGCUUCCCCAACUCCUUCCCUGCACUAUGUCAGGGAGUCCCCCUCCCCAGCACCCCUUUCCCAGGGGGUGCAGGCAGCCCAGGAGCGUGAUGCUGCUGGCUGAGACAUGGUCCCAGAGCGCGAUGGCCCCAGUGUCCCACACCAGCACACAGAAAGACCUGGCAGCACCAAUGGCACAUCCCCAUCCUUGUCCCCAUCACACCCAGGACAAAAGCCCCUUGUAGCCACCAGCCUCGGGCAGCCUUUCCCCAUCAAUGGGGCUCUGUGCACAGGGCGAUUCCUGCUCGCCCAGCUCCUGAAGGAGCGUGAUGGGGAGUGGUUGUACUUUCCCCUCCAGGGCCAGGGCUCCCUGGGCUCUCCUGGAGCUUUACCUUGCCUUUCCCAUGGCCUGGCUGGCCCCUGCCUGCAGCCGGGUGUGACAGGGACACCUGGCAUGGAGCAGGGGUUGGGAAGGUGCCGGCUCAUUUGUCACCAUGAUAAGUGAUGCAGUGCAAUAUGAGUAGGAGCUGCAGCGAGAGCUAACAGAAAGGGACCAGGAGAAGAGAGGCAUAACCAGGGGCUGGAGCUAUUCUGGCCUUGCAAAUUCAUUCCAGUGAGAAAUCUGUGUUCAUCUGAUUUCCUCCACCUCCAUGCAACCAAAGCUCCCCAAAAGUGGAUCAAAGGACACCUCUGUGGCCUGGAGGAUUUCCCUGCCGCCACUUGUGCUGCUGCUGAGCAUGGCUGUGGCAUGGACCAAAGUGGCACCCGUAGCAUUUCUCCUUCAGCAAGCAUGUCCGUCCUUGUCCCUGUGGGUGAAGACCCUAGCAGCACAGGGAGUCACAUGGAGACAGCCAGGAGGGGAGAAGAUCAUGGUGAGCAGGUGCAAAGUCCCUUGGCUGGGCACUGCCCCGUGCUGGGGAUGGACCCCAUCAGGGGAGGGGGGCAGUGCAAGCACACAGCCCGGACAGCAGGACUGCUUGGGUCAGUUUGUGAAACAAACCCUUUUGCUCAUGGAAAAGCUGCUCAGAUGAGUUGCCAACAGAUACCAGGAAUCCAUCACCAGCGCUCCUUCCCUCCACCACGCCUGCGGUCCUCACGCAUCAGACCUCAGUUUCCCUCCUUAGCAUUUGCCUGGUGCUUCCCGAGCAGGCAGGGAGAGCAGCGGGCAUAGGCAGCGCUCCCAUUACUCAUCUGAUGAUUUAUUUAAAGACUGAUGAUUUGAUUGCGCCGGGCUGAAUGCAGCCACCCCAUUUCCUGGCUGCUUAUGGAUGUGGAGUCGUGUGUCUCUGGAGCAGACAAAGGCUUUGCUGUAGUGCGGGAGGGAGAGCCUCCGCUAUCUCUCUGUAAACGUCUGGAUGCGGCUCUGGUGAAGAACGGCUGGUGAAAAUCAUAGAUCAUAGAAAACAGGACUGGAAGAGCCCCCAGGAGAUAGGCUGGUUUAUUCCUCUCCCUCCCUAGGGGAAUUGCUCCUACCGGAUUGAAGCUGGGCUAAAAUAUCCUGAAAAUCCAAGUCAUGCUCUCUGCAUUUUCUUUAUUUACCAGGAAGGUUCUCCUAAUGUGUCGCACUGGGGGGAUGUGCUGGUGGGGGUGUGCUGAUGGGCACUGUGCUUUUGUGCUGCUGCACUGGACAAGUGCUGGGAUGGUGGAAGUGCCCCCAAAUGGGCACUGCUACUGGCACAAGACCCUGUUCCCCUUGUCCAGAGGCACAGGGCCAGCCCUGGGGCACUGGGCAGGAUGGGGUGUCCCACUGGGGCUCCCAGCAAGCGCGUGGUGUUACAAUCCAUAACGCAAGGGUCUGGCAGCCUCAGAAAAUCCCACCACACCCGGAGCAGCCCCAUUCAGGUGCAGCCGGUCAUGCCAUGAUGGCCAUGAGCAGCCUGGAGGAGCCUCAGGGUGGGAGGGCUCUGCCCAGGGUGCAAAAUCCCUGCAGCUGAACCUGGUCUUGCUCAGAGUCCCUCCGGUGCCCCCAGAGCAGGCAGGCAGGCAGGGCACCGUGGGGCUGGGAAGGAGCGCGGUGCAGGCAGGGUGCCAGCUUUGUCUGAGCUGGCAUCAUCACUUUCCAGUCCCCUGGAGCCACCUGGCAGGAGGGAGGCAAGUGGCACUGCAGCAGGGUGAGUUCUGCGGAUCGCUGAGGGCUGGGUGACCCCUUGGUGGCUGUGCUGGAGCCCCCCAGGAUCUGGGUCCACCCCUUGUGGUGCAGGGCAGAGCUUGGAGCUCUCGGGUUGCUGGUGCGCAGCUGCCUGGCUGCACGCCCCAUCGGGCUCAGCGCUCAGGUCUGGCCCUGCUCCCGCAGGCAGGUGGAUGCUGCAGCUCAGGGGCUGCAAACUCAGCCCUGGGGGUGGCCCUGUGGGAGCUGGCUGUCAGGGGGGCUUCUCCCUUCUAAAGCGACACUUUAACUGUGAUGGGUAGCUUGGGUCCCUCUCCUUCCAGGAAUGCUUUAUAGACCCCAGUCCACACUUGGAAAAAACAAAGGAUGUUCCGAUGCUUUCUUAAGCAGAAGUGUCACACACUCUGCUGGCUUGAGAUUUAUGUGGCCUGAGGGGCACAGUGAGGUUCUGCUGACUCUUACGCUCUUUCUCUUAAAAUGGAAAUAAAAUGGCCAGUGCGUUA